AUGUCGAGUACCCAGAAGGCCACCUUUGAGACUUUGCCGGUGGAGACGCGAUGCCAGAUCUAUAGAUACCUGCUCGAGGAAGAUGAGCCCGUCCAGAUCGCGCUUACGAUAAGCGGAAUACUCGCUAGGCGGGGCGGACGGCCGCCGCGGAAAGGUAACCGUAGACGCAUCUACAACAAGGAGACUAAAGAAUGGGUCCCAGCAGUUCCAAUCAAGUCCGCAAUCAUCUUUGUUAACCAUAAGAUCUACGCCGAGGCCAUCCCGAUACUCUACGGAAAAAAUUGCUUCGAAUUUCGUACAACCGCAGAUAUUAAGAAGAUUGUGGCCAUGCUCGGAGAGCGCACCCGAUUGCUCCGUUAUAUCAAGAUCGCAUGGUCGGGCUACUUUCAACACAGCGCUCUAUCCGCUUUCAACUCUCUUCUUCCAGCUAGAGGCCUCCGAAAGAUCACCAUCCACCACCAGGAUGUCUGCCCGACGACUAGCAUGCACCCGCAUCCUACUCCACUGCCUCGAGUUUUGAGUGCCUCGAAGAACCUUCUCCGGGAGUUACACAAUUCGUAUAAGGAACAAAAGCUUCUCACAAGUGUCCUAGACGUCAUUCAGUGGACGCGCAACCCGCAUGCUCGCCCAUGUGGUGGAUCAUCCUGUGCGAAAAAGCGGGCUGCCGAGUUUCGCUCCUUGCUUGCAGCUGCGCUCAAAAUCGAGAACAAGUAG